AUGGAACCGCCCCCGACGAAGCCAUCGUCACAUAACCUCUUUGAGGUGUACUUGCGACUCCGUCCUCCGCCUCCCGGCGCCGCGCAAACUGACCGCAUCUUGAACGUCGAGCAGCAGCCAGACGACGACGAGUCUUCGCACCCAUCGCACAUUACCCUGAAUCCUCCGACGGAUCGACGGCGUGCCAUUGAAAAGUUCGCCUUCACCAAGGUUUUCGGCGAUGAAGCGACGCAGUUGGAUGUUUUCCAUUGCACCCAGAUUGCUUCUCUGGCCGAGGGCGUUUUGGCGCCUCAGGGCGGCCAAGGCACGGAUGCCGUGAUUGCUACACUUGGGGUUACGGGCUCGGGAAAGACGCACACGAUACUGGGGUCCAAGUCCCAGCGCGGCCUCACUCAGCUAGCACUCGACGUGGUCUUCAGGUCCAUCUGCCCCAACAUGCUGGAUGCAUCGUCGCUGCCGACCGUCAUCGACUCGCUUCAGGCGUGCGAUCCCUCCGAGUCCAUCCUGCUCGCUGCGCAGAGCUUCCUGGACUCGACGUUCGCCGACGCUCCUGGCCAUUCCAGGGCGCCGUCGCGCGCUGCUACACCCAUGGCUGGCGAUUAUAGCAUCCUGUCUCCCGCGCCUCGACGAAACCUGGCGCGACCGUCUGCUCUGCCUCAACUACCCGACAUCAGCCGAGUCAACAUUUCGUGCGAUGCGUCUGCGGAAUACGCCGUCGUCGUCUCCAUGUACGAAGUCCACAAUGACCGGAUCUACGACCUCUUGACGCCCGCGGCCAAGUCUGCCGCCACCAAGGAGUUCCGUCGCCGACCUUUGCUUUUCAAAUCGACCGAGCUGUCGCCGGACCGCAAGGUUGUUGCCGGGCUGCGCAAGGUGGUCUGCACGACGUUCAAGGAUGCCAUGAUGGUGCUGGAGGCCGGCCUCCUCGAGCGCCGUGUUGCGGGGACCGGUAGCAACAGCGCAUCCAGCAGAAGCCACGGAUUCUUUUGCUUCGAGGUGAAGAAACGAACCCGCAGCCGGAGGCCGGGCCCCUGGAGCGGCAGCAAGUUGACCAUUGUCGACCUGGCGGGCAGUGAGCGCGCUCGCGAGGCCAAGACGCAAGGCGCCACCUUGGUUGAGGCGGGCAAGAUCAACGAGAGCCUGAUGUACCUGGGGCAAUGCCUCCAGACACAAAGCGAAUCAUCCACAUGCAGCAAGCCGAAUGUCGUUCCCUACCGCCAAUGUAAACUCACAGAGCUCUUGUUCUCCAACUCGUUCCCGUCCGCAUCCUCAACCGGCCAGCCUCAGGCGCCGCGGCGCAAUCCGCAGCGAGGCGUCAUGAUUGUAACGGCUGAUCCCAGAGGCGACUUCAACGCGACGUCUCAGAUCCUGCGAUACAGCGCCCUGGCGCGCGAGGUCACUGUUCCUCGCAUCCCAUCCAUCACCGCCACGAUACUGGCGCAAGCGGCGGCACCGCCCACCAGCCAUCCCCGCCCAGUCAGCCCGGCGCAGCAGCACCGCCCCCGGCCGUUCAUGCCGCCCGGGGCGACGUGGUCGUCGUCGUCGUCGUCGUCGUCGUCGUCGCAUCGCAACUACACCCCGCCCGCGGACAUGGACGGCCGCGCCACCAUGGAGAUUGCCGCGCUGGAAAUCGCCCGCAUGAGCGACGAGAUUGACCAGCUGCGGGCCGAGGUCGACGAGCAGCUCGAGGCGCGCAUGACGGCCCAGGCCCACCUGCUCAGCAUGGAAGACCGCAUGCUCGACCUCGAGGCCGCCAUCCGCGACGACUGCGCCGCCGAGUUUGAGCAGCGGCUGACGCUCGAGCUGGCGCGCUUCAAGGCCUCCCUGGCGCUGGAGCAGGAGCGCAGCGAGGAGCACUGGGACCGCAAAGUGGACAUACUGGAGCGCGGCCUGGGGCCCGGCAACCAGGCGGGCAGCGAGGGCGACAAGGAGAACGUCCUGGUCGAGGACCUCACCCAGGAGGUGGAGCGUCUGCGGCGGGAAAACGCCGUUCUCAAGCGCGAGCUGGCCGGCCGCAGCCCGACCAAGCGCAAGCCCCUGGAGGAGCGGGAGGACUACUCGCCGCCAGCGAGGACGGGGACGUUGACCGCGUCGUCCUCCAAGGGCGAGGGGGUCGCCAACCUGGGCCGCCGGCUGGAGCGCAUGAGAGUCGGCACCGACGGCGCGAGAACGCCCAGCGCGGCGGCCAGCGCGGCGUCCAGCGGCGGCAGCCCGAAGAAGAUGCGCAGACUGGCCAGCGCCAAGCGGUGGGAGCAGCCGGGCGACGAGCCGCAGUGA